CGGUCCGAGGCGCCGACGGCGCUGGGGGGCGACUCGUCCCGGCGGAGUGUCGAGGAGGCCGAGUCUUCGCGUCGCAGCGCUGAGGAGACGGAGGCUGAGGCUGGCGGCGGGUGCGACUGCGGCGCGGCGGUGGGUGUGGCGGCGGUGGGUGUGGCGGCGGGGGCAGCGGCUGCUGCUACUGCUGCGGCAGAGGGCGACGAAUCGCGGCCGUGUGGCGGAGCAGAGGGGGAGGUGGAGGAGGGGGAGGCUGGGUUGGAGGAGCUUGGGGCGUGGCUGGAGCGGCUGGAGGCGGGGAGGCCCCGCCGGCUCCUCUUCUUCGGCCUCUCGCUCGGCGCCUCGCUCGCGCAGCUGUCCGCCCUCCGCCUCGCCUCCGAGCCCGCCACGUCGCGGCUGGCCAGCUCAGUGCACGUGCUCGCCAUCGGGGCGGCGAGGUGGGGAGACGAGCGCGUGGCCGAGCGCUUCGCCGCCUUCCUCGGGCGGCGCUCCGUCUCGCUGGUCAACUCGAUGGCCGUGCCGCCGCCGCUGCCGCGCGGCGCCUUCUGGUGGGUGCCCUCCUCGCGACUCGGGCUCCCGGCCGCUGCCGGGGUCGGCGGCGCGGGCGGCGGCGGGGUCGGCGGCGCGUCUCUCCCCGUCAGGCCCGAGGCUGCACGGCGAGGCUUUGUGGUGGUGGACCCGCUCACUGCGGGCUACUCGCCCACGCACGCUCUUCUCCCGCACGUGGUGCUCUGCCACCAGACGGACCCUCCCGUCGGACGGAGUCGCUGCGACGCCGCCUCUCUCCUCCCGCUCGGGCCGCGCUCCAUCGACGUCCUCACAGACAUGCGCGCGCAGCCCGGCGCGCUCGCCGCGCUGAUGCAGGGUGCGCUGCCGGCGCAGCACCCGAUGUCGCUUGCGUACAUGGCGCUGCACCUGGGCCGGCGGUACCGCCUCGCCUUCCUCGCCCUCUACCUGUCGCGCCGCGGCUCGCCGCCGCAGCGCCAGCCCUUGCACGACGCAGGCUCGCCCGCCCCGCUCUCGCUCAAGCGCGCGGCGCCCGAGCAUUGCGGCGCGGUGGGCGGCGGCGGCGAGGAGCGGAGCGGCGGAGGCAAGAGCGCGCGGCCUUCGCUCGGCAGCAGUCUGGGAAAGCCGCUGCAGCCGCUGGGCAAGCCGCUCGGCGACAAGGCGGAGAGCUACGGCUCGCUCUGCGAGCUCACCUCGCUCUUCCGCGUCGACAGCGGACAAAACCUGGCGGGGCUGCUCAGCUAGGGCGAGGCCGGCCGGGCCGUUAUACGUCUUCUGCAGCCCACACGCUGCAGCCUCUAGCAGCAGCUCUACCCGCAACUACCCGAUCCCGUUUCACCCUUUUGUGUGCGGGAUCGUCCCUGUUGCUGUUCGUUGGACGUUGCUCGUUGCUGUGUCUAUCGUUCGUGAGCUCGACUUUGAAGAUGCGAUAUGAUCAGACCCC